UUCAGAAACGAAAAGUGAAAACUUCCAAAGUUUCAAAGCCUAACUAAGGACUCUUGAGAAGUUUUACACGUGUUAAUGCGAGCCAGUUAAAGUUGUUUUACUCCGCUUUUUAUCAAACUUUCUGACAGUAUUCGAUAAAAAAUUUUUUGUGCUGCAUUUUAAAGCGAAUUUCAAGAUUUAUUGCACCCAGAAAUACAUUUAAUUAAUAAGCCAAUUAGGGAACAAUAUCGAAAACCAAUUUUGGCGCGAGAAAUUGAUCUUGCUGCAGAGAUGAAAUCAAUCAUUUAGCAAAUUAAACUGGUAGCAAGAGAGAGGAGUAACUUAUUAAUUUGGCUAAAUGAUACUGAAAUUUAUAGCUGUCUUCUCAACAAGGAUAUUAAGUUACAGAGGGUAUUAAAAGAGACAUGUUUUAGAUUGUAAUUGGUUUCGUGAUAAAUUGUGUGUCACGAUCAAAAGGUUUCUGCAGGGUUUUCCCUUGAAGGGAAAAUCAAUAGGGUGAUAAGUGGAAAGAAAACCCACAGAGUGUCCUAUUUAUCACCUUUUUGGUGAAUUGUGUGUGAAAAAUCUGCGUGCUGGAAGUUUAAUCAAUAGCAGCAGCAGUUAAAAUUGUCUUGGCAACUGACAAAACAUUGUACCUCAUCGAAUAAAUUCCAUCACAUUCGCCAGCAAUUCCUUCGAACACUUCGAGUCUGCAAAGUGCAAGAAGUCGAAUUUCUUCAGAGUUUCAAGAAAAUCAAGUGAUUUUGAGUGGAAAUUUUUUUGUUGUGAAAGUGUAAAUUAUGCUGUGCUGGAAAUAUGACGACAAUCUUCUCAAUAAAAUGUAUCCCUAUCCCUUUGCACCGGAUCAUACAUCGAGUGUAUCCAAAAUGAACUCGAGCAUCCCACUUGUGAGACUUUUGUGAAGAUUUAUCAAUUUUGAGGCUUAGAAUAUUAAGGAUUUGUUUCUGGGAGCUUUUGGAGCACAAAAAAGUGACGAUGAAGUGGCAAGCGACUUCCUUUCUUGAAAAUCGUAUCUUUGAUUGUCGCCUCGUGAAGGAUAAUUUGAUCAAUAAUCGAUGGAAUAUUAGUUCAUUGACGACUCAUCAGCGAUGCAACUACAGAGCUUUUCAGGAGACUUAUCCCUGGAGCUCAACGAGUGGUCCUGACCAGAGGAAUGAAAGUGGAGUACCGCAGAAGAUUGGGAGCUAUUACCAGACACCUCGACCUCAUCCUUGGAGGCCAACAAUGGGCUAUGAAACCAUUGAAUUGGCCCCAAUUGCUGAGCAUCCCUUAACUAAUCAACUGGUUCAUCCUAAUUACACCCCUCCUUCCCUGACCUCUGAGCCCCUGUCGUUCCCUAAUCUCGUGACAGGGUAUGAGAAGAACCCCCAGCAUGCUGCCAGAUCUGCUCUGUACACUCGAUAUACCCCAUCCGAGUGGAUAAACUCCUGCAUCACGACUUAUGCUGAUGCUGAUGUCAAUCGUCAUCAGUCUGAACGCCUCAGGAGUGAAGCCCUGCGGAUCAUGAGGGAGACAGAUGAGAAGACAAGCCAGGGCCAGAGGGAAGCUGGUCGGAGAAUUGGCGAGAGGAUUACAGAUGUGACUUUCUGGCGCAAUGAACUCAACACGGAAUUGGAGAAAUUGAUUGCCGAAUCUGCCAUUCUGGCUGAAUGCAAGAGAUCAGUCCAGAAGGCCCUUGAGGACACAGAACCACCCCUAAAUGUCGCCCAGGAAUGCCUGUAUCACCGCGAGGGCAGAAUGUCCAUUGAGAAGGUUCAUGAUCAUGUGGAAAAGAGUCUCCUCGUGGAAAUAGACAAUCUACGCAAUUCGCAGGAGAAGCUAAAAGCCCUCCAUGAUAAAAUUUGCAAGCAACUUUCCGACUGCAGAGCCGCACAAUUUGCCCUGGAGGACGAUAUUGCCCAUAAGGAAUCCACCCUAGGGAUUGAUACAGUUUGCCAUCAACUGAGCAACUCAAGCCGAGGGAUCAACUACUACGGGGGCAUUGAGAAGUACGACCCAACGGUCAGUACUGCAGAGACUUGGUCCUCGGCCAGCAGCCACAGGAUCAAUCGCUCCCAAAUGGAACGUGGGAAAUCCUCGCAACUGAGGAGCGAUGCAGAAGCCAUGAUGAAUGCCGUGGCAACAGCGGUCUGGGACUGCUGGAGCAAUUCCAACAAUUCCCUCAACAAAAGAGCCUCCGAGAUGAUGGAGGCAAAGAAUCGUGUCCAGCUGCAUCUGCACAAGACGCAGCAGGAGAUCUUUGACAUUGAGAAGAACAUUGAAUUGCUAAGAAAGGCAGUUCAGGACAAGUCUAAUCCUCUGAAAGUGGCUCAGACUCGUCUCGAAGCAAGAAGCCAUAGAAAUGGAUUGGAGAUGUGCAAGGAUAUGGCUCAUGUGCGCCUCGUGCAAGAAGUCUGUGACAUCCAGGAUUCGGUGACAACCCUUCACAGAAAGCUACAAGAGGCUGAGACGCAGCAUCAGCAAUUGCUGAAGACACGUGCAAAUCUGGAGAAUGACUUGAAGAACAAGACAAAUGCCUUAUUUAUCGAUCGUGAAAAAUGCAUGGGCAUCAGACGAUCUUUUCCGGUGCACAAUCUCAUCAAGUACUGAAGAAAAACAACCCAUCAAUUCACUUUAUCGAUUCGGACCGAGAUCUCCUCAGCACAAGACCACUCUGCCCUGGAGAGUGCAGAAGAAUGCCGCACUUUGUAAAAGCAUCGUGUUUUUUAGUCAAUAAUAAAAAU